AUGUGCGGUCCUGAGAAUACAAACCGUCCUCGAGGAGGUGCUCUCGUCGCUCUCAACCCUCCUACCAACUCCAUGUCAUCAAGAAUAUGCGGCGACCUCGCCUUUCAUACACCUGGCAGCCCAGCAAGUUGCAACGCGACACACGCAAGACUUACCCCAAACGACGAAUGCAAUAUGAAGGGAUUCUUUGAUUUAUAUGUUGUUAUCCAUUCUAGUGGUGAUCUGACGAGAAACGCAAGCGAAUGUGGCCUAUUUCGCCAAUUCCCCCUCAAGACACCCCCAUCAUCAGACGACUUUGUCGAAUCACAGCUCCAAGGUCCACUAUCUCUUGAAGUCGGAGGCGAUGGGAUUAUUGGUCGUCGAGUUUCGGUCUAUUCGCGCCUCGCAACAGGACAAGACAAAAUUGUGGCCGAAGGUAUCGUCGGCUUCAACUUUAUGAGCCAAGAAUUACCCGAGGAAACAUCUUGCCCAUCAUCGCCAUCAUCGUCAAUCUAG